AUGGCGUCCGAUUCAGACAUCCAGGCCAUGAACGACGCGAAAGAUGACCCAGACGCGGCCCCCAUCGCCCGGAUACGAGGAGUUGCAAACUUCGGCUGCGGCGGCGAUAAGAUCGAAAACGUACUAUACCGUGUCAUCGGAGAUACGUCCAUGAAUCUCAAAGGGCUGGCACGGGAGCUGCACCUCUGCGGCGGAGUCUGCCUCACCAGCAGACGGAGACCAGAGUUGUGGGUCAUCCAAGCGGGCACGAACAACCUCCAUAAAAAUCACGGUCUCAGGGAUGCCGACUUACAUGCAAUGGACAUUCUGCUCAAAACAUUGCACCACUUCGGCCGUGCAAGUGCCAAGAUCCUGGUGACCGGACUGUUCUAUCGCAAGGACGUUGCAAAGGAGCUGAUUGACAAGGCAAAUACCGAUCUGCAAAGUCUCGUCGCCAGGCUUUACAUCAAGGAACAAGAGAAUACGACAAGCCUCACCGCCGCAGCAGACACACAACAGAAGUAUCCGCGGGCGGCUGAGGGCCAGAGCGAGAAGGAUUUGUGA